AGGUCCCUCUAAAGCAAGCUGCUCUCUGACUGUGUCUGUGUUUCUUCCUGUGAUCUUCUGUCUUUAUACUCGCUCUCUUUCUCUGCCUCUAUCUGCAUUAUUCCCACUGAACCAUUCGUAUGCCAAGUGUUCCUCUUCAAUUCGUCUGAUCUCCACUCUGCAUCUCAUUAUCCUCCAUCCCUCUCUUUUUCUCUCUCUCUCUUUCUAUUUUGUCUAUCUCUGUCCAUUUUCUCAUCACCAUCUCUCCUCUUAUCUCACCUCAAGAUACAUCUCACCGAGCCGAGGACUUAGAGGAAACAGGGAGAAGAGAGCGAGGGGAGGCUGAAACAGAGAGGGAGGGAGAGAAAGAGUGGGUGAGGGAAAGGGAGAGAGAAGAAGAGAGCAGGAGAGAGAGAAAGAGGGGGAGAGAGCGGGAGAGAGUGGAAGAAAGCAGGCGAGAGAGGAGAGGAACAGAGAGAAGGAGAGAGAGAUAGAGAGAGAGCAUGUGAGUGAGGAGCAGGAUCGGAGUCUGACAGCAGCUCAGAAUGAGAGCGCCGCAUAAACAGACCUCAGAUCAGCCGAGGAUGACAGAGUGAGAGAGAGAGAAACAGAGACAUAGACGGAUAGAGAGACAGAGACAGAGGGAGAGACAGAGACGGAGACAGAGACGGAGACAGAGAGACACACUCCUGCAGGAGGACACACACUGAAAACACACAACAGGACAACACACCUGUCUGCUUUAUCUUCUUACUGAUGGAGAGAAGGAAGAGGAAGAGGGAGUCUGCAGCCGCAGAGAGACGGUAAGACACAUGCACACAGGCAUGCACACAUACACACAUACAGUACAUACACACAGAGUAUAUCUACAUUUCAGCAUCCGAACCUGAGGUGGUUUUUGAAAGCUCACCAGUCUCUCUGAGUUGAUCUGAACUCAUGAAGCUAUCCUAGAACACUUGUACCCGGUCUUGGGGGGCCCAGCGGGUCAUUAACAUAUUCAAACUGCAGGUUUGAUGCCAGCUCCUGCUGUCUACAUGUUCAAGUGUCGUAAGUCAAAGGUUUUAGAGAUGUGCAGAGAGAUCAGGAAACGAAGCUGUGAGCUGAGCUCAGAGUGUUUCUGCAGAUUCAGAUCAAUCAAACUAAAAACAUCUGCCUCCUGUUACAGAUUCAGAGCAAAAAGAGAGGACACAGAGCAGGCAGACCAGACUGCAGACACAGAGCAGACCAGAUUGCAGGCACAGAGCAGAAAGCAAACACAGAGCAGACCGCAGACACAGAGCAGACUGCAGACACAGAGCAGACUGCAGACACAGAGCAGACCGCAGACACAGAGCAGACUGCAGACACAGAGCAGACAGCAGACACAGAGCAGACAGAGAGCAAAUAGCAGAUAAAGCAGACACAGAGCAGACGGCAGAUAAAGCAGAGAGCAGACACAGAGCACACAGCAAACAAAGAGCAGACUGCAGACACAGAGCAGACAGCAGAUAAAGCAGACACAAAGCACACAGCAAACACAGAUUAAACACAGAGCAGACACGGAGCAGACAGCAGAUAAAGCAAACAGCUGACAGAGCAGACAGCAAGCACAGAGCAGACGCAGAGCAGACAGCAGACAGAGCAGACAGCAAGCACAGAGCAGAUGCAAAGCGGACAGCUUACACAGAGCAGGCAACAAACACAGAGCAGACAGCAGAUAAAGCAGAGCAGACACAGAGCAGACACAGAGCAGAUAAAGCAGACAGCUGACACAGAGCAGGCAACAAACACAGAGCAGACAGCAGAUAAAGCAGACACAGAGCAGAUACAGAGCAGACAGCAGAUAAAGCAGACAUCAGACACAAAGCAGACUGAGAGGCUUUUCGGAUGCCACAGCAGCUGCGGGAAUGUGUUGUACAUCAAACUGGAGAAUGUUUACAUGUCAAGGUGCAACAGAACGCAUGCCAAGUGGCAGUGUUCCUUUAUAAAGAAAGAUUUCUGUAGAACAUGUGCAUCUGUGAAUAAAGGUGUUCUCCAACAUAGCAGAGAGGGAAAUCAAGGAAGAGGACGUGACUUUGACAUCAACGUUAUUACAGUGAACCAUGUUUCAUUAGUUUUUAUGUCCUUCUGCUUUAACUGUAGAGUGUCUGUACCUCUGUCACCACUAGGUCUCAGUAUCACUGUAUCUGUCUCCACUUGAUCUGACUUGCAUCUGCACUCAUCACUGUAGAGUAUGAAGAGCAGGGGGGAGAGGCAGUUAAGGUGUGUCAUAUGUCAAAGAAAAUGUUGACAUACACUCUCUGUGACCUGUGGGUGAGGAAAUCUAGGAGCCACAGGAUGAGCUGGUUGUCCAGGUGGAAGGAAGAGAGUUUGUUGACCAGGAUGUGAGGCUGGAGAGAGUGUAUGCCUGGGAGAAGUUGACAAAAGGGAGUCUGGCUGAGGUAUUAGGGUGGUCCAAGUGUUCAUGGAGGGUGUCUAGGAUGUAUAUUUUGGCAUCGCUGACACCCCUACUUUUGCAGUAUGCAAACUGGAGAGGAUCCAUCUGUGAGUUAGUUGCACCCACAAUGUGAUGUUUUAUAAUCCUCUCCAGUGACCUCCUCACAAGGGAGGUGAGAGCCACAGGUUUGAGGUCGUUGAGUGCUUUGGUGGUACUCUUCUUCAGGAUGGGGAUGAUUAUGGAGUGUUUCCACAGCUGGGGGACAGGGUCUUAAAAACACCUCCCAGCUGCUCUGCACAGUACAUCAGAGCAGGACUACUGAUGUUGUCUGGGCCGGGAGCUGUCUAUUUAAUUCCCUCUGAGGGCUCUCACCACAUCCUCUGUGUUGAUGGUGAAGGCAGAGUCAUUGGACUGGAGUGUUUCUUUGACUUUGUCGAGUUUCAGAUGCAGCAUCGGGCCAUCAGAGAAUAGUAAACACUAACAGGUUAGCUAACCUGAUCCAUGAAACAGAGAAACUGAUGAGCUGAAAAAAUCUGGAUCAGACCUGAGAGCUGGGGGCUGCCACAUCCCUAUGCCCCCCUCACUCUGUCUGCUCGGGGACACAUGAACACAUCUUAGUGGAAACCUCAACUGCCACACCUCAACACUCUCAACUACCUACAAAGAUAACCCCACUUUUCAACCUCAUUUAAAAACCAUUAUUAUUGUAAUUAUCAUUAUUAUUAUCAUGAUUAUUAUUAUUAUUAUUAUUAUUAUUAUUAUUAUUAUUAUUAUUAUUAUUGUAAACAAUAAUGUAGUUGCAGUAGCCUGGGAACCAGUUCCCCAUCCCUCAACACAGGGACAUUGUGUGAUCAACAUCCACAGGGUCAUUACUGGCUAUUUCUACCUCAUGAUUAUCUACAAAUUAUUAUUUAUGUUCUGGUAUUAUCACUGCAUUGUGGUUAUACACAGAUAUAUAUUUCUUGCACAACUGCUCUAAUGCAACAUGAAAUGGUGCUCUGCUUUAGAGCUUGCAAACAAACUGUGUGUGUGUGUAUGUGUGUGUGUGUGUGCGUGCCAAAGAUAAAACAGAUAAGGAAACAUAAUGUAAUCAUUACAUGACCAAACGUCCGCCCUGUCCUCAGUGUUUCCACAUUAUUGUGCUUAUUCAGAGCUGCUGGUGAAUAUCACUCAUUAGUUCAACAAAACACUCUUUCAGAUAAAAGACACACAGCCAGUGUGUGUGUGUGUGUGUGUGUGUGUGUGUGUAUGUGUGUGCCACGGAUAAAAAGGAAACCUAAUGUAUUCUUUACAUGACCAAAUGUCCACCCUGCGGUCCUUGGUGUUUCCACAUCAUUGUGGUUAUUCAGAGCUGCUAGUGAAUAUUACUCAUUAGUUCAACAAAACACUCUUUCACAUAAAACACAGUGUGUGUGUGUGUGUGUGUGUGUGUGUGUGUGUGUGUGUGUGUGUGUGUGUGUGUGUGUGUGUGUGUGCAUGCAUAUGUUUGUGUGUCACGUAGAGUGUUAAAGACCUCACUUCAGCUCCCCUCCCUAAUCCGUCUCCGAUGGUUGUGCAGAGGACAGGUUAUUCUGCAGAAUAGCUGCUGUGACACACACCAACAGUUCAUUAAUGAUUACAAUGAUGAUAUUGAUAUUAGGUACAGGUAUGCUCAGGUAACUCUCUCUGCUCACUCUCUGUGUCUGUCUUAUUAUUCAGCUCUCAGGAAACCAGAGCAGCAUUUCUCCUGCAAGACAAUUCAACACAGCUCUGAUUUUACCCCCCGCCUGCAACCACAGAGGGAGAACAGAGGAGGGAGGAAAGAGGAGGGGAAAUAAGGAAAGAGCAGGAGGGGACAAGAAGCAAAAGACAAGUGAGUGGAGGCGACGAGUAAGUGGAGCAGGGAUUUGCCAGCAGCAUCCUUCAGAUUGAUGAGCAGGAGAAACUUUGAUUGAGCUUUGUUCUGCAGCUGGUGUAGACAGCUGGUGCAGAGACGCUGAUGGACAUUAUUGGAGGACAACAGAGUGCAUGCUGAGAUAACUGUCCACCAGGACAUGCAGAGGAAUCUGCAGAGUGUUUGACCUUUAUGGAUACUAGCUUUUAAAAAGGAGAUAACUGAUCAGGACUGAGACAUCGACGGUCUCAGAGACUCAGAGACUGAAGGAGAAGGGGACAAUGAGAGGAGACAUUUAGUUUUUUCUGUUAUGGACGGAAAGUUUGACAGUUGGAGCUCAGAGGACAUAAAAACAUUAUUUAGUCUUUAUUCUGAAGAUCUGCAUGAGAACAGCGGACACGCCAAGUCCUGACUCUGUAUCUGUGAGAGCAUCAACGCCUGCAGCUGUAUGAGUCUUUCUGACUAAUCCAUUCCUCUAUGUGAGAAGAGUAAUCAGUAAAGCUGAAUAUCAGUGAGGGUUCAAGAUUAAGAUGAAAGAGUCCGAGUAAGAAUCCGAGUUAAAGAAUUCAUAUUUUACAGUCAGGGCCAGACAGUAAGAUUUUAAGAAGGUUUACCCUUUACCUGAUCCCAUCACAACAUCCUGCAGAGUCACCGGCAAAGAGUUUCUGGGACCUGUUUUCAGACAGUCAAAAACUGACAAUGAUUAUGCAUUAAAAAAAACCAUACAAUAGACCCUCCAAAACAUGUGAAAACACUGUAGUGUGCAUGCUAGGCCAGCAGGUGGCAGUAUGGAGAAUACCAUACACUUGCACAUAAAGGUGUCCAUCAACAGAGCAGUAGGCAUACUAUAAAAGGCAUAUCAAUGCUUAAAAACAGUGUCCCGAGUCAUACCCUCAUUCUGGGACUUGUAGUCCUGUAGUAGUGAGGGUGGAGUAGGAGUAUGAACAUUGUCCAUGAUCCGUAUGUUACCUGCGCUCUCAAGUAUAUGCUCCUGUUUAAGGUUAGCAUCAGUUAGCAUAGUGAGACAAGUCCUUCCUCCUGACAUGUGCCGUCGGUCCACUCUUAGCCAACCCCUGCUGUGUUAACAACUGGUCCUUCUGGUGCUGAUUACUUCCUGUUCUAAUGUUCACAUGAUUGACUUUAUAACCAGGACUCGUGUUUGACGUCAGUCUCUGAGAAAACGUGUCAGAGUUUGACUGAUUUGUGAUGGUCUGGAGGUUCUGAUCUUUGACACCAAGCCAACUAAAGGAUCUGGCAGUGCCUGAAUAUAGUUUUGAUGUCUCACAUCUUUCUUCAGUGGGGAUAACAGUCAAAUUUUCUGAGGUAAAAGUUUAGCCAUCAUGGAUUUUAACAGCAGUCAGGAUGCUGCAUCGGACCCUACAGGCCCACCCUACAACAGCAGCAUGGAUUAUGAGGAUUACUACCAAGACCUGGACCCCAGUAAGAUUAUCAUCCCGUCCAUCUAUGCUCUGGUCUGCUGUGUUGGCCUCACCGGGAACACCAUGGUUAUCUAUGUGAUCCUAAAGUAUGCCAAAAUGAAGACAGCCACCAACAUCUACAUCCUGAACCUCGCCAUUGCAGACGAGCUCUUCAUGCUGAGCGUGCCCUUCCUUGCCACGUCAGCUGCCAUCCGUCAUUGGCCAUUCGGUUCCCUGAUGUGCCGGCUGGUUCUGAGCGUGGAUGGGAUCAACAUGUUCACCUCCAUCUUCUGCCUGACUGUUCUCAGCGUGGACCGAUAUGUGGCUGUGGUCCACCCCAUCAAGGCAGCUCGAUACCGCAGACCCACGGUGGCGAAAGUGGUGAACGUUUGUGUGUGGGGGUUGUCACUCAUUGUCAUCCUGCCCAUCAUCAUUUUUGCUGACACUGUACCUGCCCAGGAUGGUGAUGUGGACUGUAACUUCCUGUGGCCUGAGGCAGUGUGGUCUGAGGCCUUCGUGGUUUACACCUUCUUGCUAGGCUUCCUGUUGCCAGUGAGUGCCAUCUGUUUGUGCUACUGCCUGAUGGUGGCAAGGAUGAGGGCAGUGGGGCUUAAGGCGGGUUGGCUGCAGCGCAGACGCUCAGAGAAGAAGAUCACACGCAUGGUGUUGAUGGUGGUAGCGGUGUUCGUACUUUGCUGGAUGCCCUUUUACAUCGUCCAGCUGGUCAGUGUCUUCCACCGCCCUCCUGACCCCGUGGUCACCCAGCUCUUUGUCAUUCUCAGCUAUGUCAACAGUAGCGCAAACCCCAUCCUCUAUGGCUUUGUGUCCGACAACUUCCGACGGUCCUUCCAGCGAAUUGUGUGCUUCCGCUGGCUGGAGUCUGGACUGGACACUGAGCAGGUGGACUACUGCGCCGUGGCCUUGAAAAGACAGACCGCCUGUGGACCUCUGGACCUUCCCAAAAGCUGCCUGGCCUCAGAGAUGGUCUUCAGGAAUGGCACCUGCACCUCCAGGACCACCACUGUGUGACAGACAGGACCUCUGCUGUGUGACAAACCAGGAUGGGAUCGAGAACUAAAACCCGGAAGAGCAAAGAAUAGUCUCUGCUGAGACAGAGUUUUAAAUGUGAGCUGCAACUGGAAAAGUUCACACAGUCAAACUGAGUCAGAGCUGAAAAUUCAGGCAGCGGGUCUGAAGAAAAGAAACUGAACAUUUUACCACGAUACUUUACGGACUGCAUUUAACUAAAAUUUAGUUUUAAACAUUAAAAUUUGUUAUCAGUUUAAUUAAGUAUUUUCACAUAAAUGAGAAUUGGGGCAGUGAGUAUGUGUGAAGGGGAGGGGCAGGUUGUGACACUUCUGCUGGUCUGCUGCUGCUGCAAUCAAGGGGGAUCAGCUACACCUGGGAGUGUGGCUGGCUUCCAGGAGUAUUUCUUUGCUGCCUGUGAUAGAGACUCAGUUUUUCUGUGGUUGUGUGAAGUGUCAGUAAAAAGCCAGAGCUCUGGAACCUGUUGUCUCAUGUUUUUUAUUCUACCAUCCUGCUCUACACACUUUCUGCCCUCUGUUCAUCCUGUUUGUGGGGGAGUACUAACAUCUAAAACCUUACAUUCUGCCUUAGGUUUCUGCCUGUUAAAGGAAGUUCUUCCUCUUCACUGUAACUUGAUACAUGCUGUAAAGUGUUUCACUCAUGUGGUUGAAGAUGGGAUGGGAGUGGGUCUGAUCUUACAGUAUGGGGCUCAGUCUGAUCCCAUCUUGAUGCUGGGUCUUAAUCAUAGACUUUAUAUAUAAUGGACGCUGUCUACCUCCUCACUGGGUGAAGCCAACCAGAGAACAGCACCCUCUGGUGACUGGCUGCUGUAUAGGUCAUAAAUCCCUCCUCCUCUAGCAAUCCCUAUGGAACUGUGGACAAACUUUAGAAAUUUAUUACACAGAAUAUACAUUUUUUUCUCCCCCCUGGUUGCGAUGUUGACAUGUAGUUACUGUAAGACUGGUUUGUGCUCAAACCCUCUUUAUUCUGUACAAAUCAAUUUUUGAAAAUUAUUAGGGGGAUCAUAUUUUCUAUAAUUGACACUUGAUACAGCCUAUGGGCUUAUGAAGAUAUGAAGAAGUAUUGUGUAGCUCACCUGUGAGGUACGCUGUUUAAGCUGAGCGUCAUCACAGCAACUCUCUCGCUGAAUGCAAUGCUACUGCGCAAGUGGUGGAGUCCGUACAAUACUUCUGCACAAUGUAAAUUUUAGGAAGUGGAGGAAAAAACACGGAAGAGCUUUUCGGCUUCAAAUCCGUAUACUGGCGGAAAGCAGAACCAAGUUGUCCAUAGUAUAUACAGUCUAUGGUCUUCAUAAAUAGGGUCUGGCCUAGACCAAAUUCUUUGUUGAGCAUCCAAAGAAAACACUUGUUGUGAAUUGGCUCUUUAUAAGUAAAGACUGAUUGAUUAAUUCAGUAGUUGAUUGAUUUAAAAUGACAAUUAGAAUUAGAUUUUGUCUCAGAUUGUGUUUUAAUUUUUUUAAUUUAUUCUAAUUUUUAAAAAAAAAUCAUCCCCUCCUCAGUAGUUUUUGGAUGAUCUCCUGUAGGAAAUUGAAUCUGGGAGUAAAACCUGAACACAAAGAGAAUUUUUUACUUGUUCAGAGACAAUCAUCGUGUUUUUGUUUAGAUGUUUGUGUUUGUAAAAUCAAAUGAAUGUAUGUAAACUUUCACCUUCAGGUGUUUUUACCUGUUGACAUGUUAAAAUUAUAGAGUUAGACUGUGUGAAGAUUCAAUGAUUAAUUAAAAACUCUGAAAUUUAUUCCCUCUCUUUUCUCUGUUUCGUAACUCUCAGUUAAAUCUGACCAAAUAAAAAAAGAGUGAUGUUUGUGCUGAUUUGUUUUCUCAGGUGUGAAUCUCUAGAUUAAACAGUUUAAUAUCACCUUCUAUAAUGAGAUAGUCAUAUAACCAAGUGUAUAUCUGUAUGUCUGACUUUCAAUGAUUCACCCCUGCAGCUGUAAUACUAAGAGUCUCCUCUGGAUGGUGCUGUUCAGCUUCUUUCUUUAAAGGGGUCAGCGAGCAGAAACUGUUUUAUUCAGAGUUUCACCAAGUCAGAGCUCUGCUACGCCUUCAUUUUUACCCAGAGAUAGCUGCUCUACCUGAAUAACAAUAAGGGUAUUAAAACUGGAUUGUUGUUUUUUCCUUAUUUAUUUAUUCAUUUUUUCUAAAACUUGCUCCUGUUUUGAUUUUCCAGGGUUUUGCACUUUCAGUAUUCCUUCCUAUUGUCUGCAGAGGGAAGAUAAAUUUGCGUUUAGUUCAGUUUGUGGCGAUCGGGCUGCAGGUAUACAAACAGGUACAGGGGACUCGGUCCUGUCAGGUAAGAGAGAACUGAAGACAACAGGAUGAACAUCAGGGCAGAUGGAGAGACUCUCAAAUGUUACAGAAUCUCCACCUACUUCUCUAUCUGUCAGUUAGAUUUGGACAUGUUAAAUAUUUACUGUCUUGGCCUCCUGAUGCUGUACAGUCACCAAACUCCACAUCUGUAACUUCAACUUAUUGUCAAAUAGAGCUCAGCUUUCAGUAAGCCUUAGUGUCUAAUUUUUCUGAGGUUUCUAAAUCACCGCAGUUUGUGAAAAACCAUCAACAUCACAGACUUUUGCAGGACCGAUCUACAGGGAUCGAGAGCAAGACUCUACUGUACUACUCUACAACUGUAUUUUAUCCACAGUAGACAAAAACAAAACAAAAAAGGUCUAUCUAUGUACAUGAAUGCACCAUGUCAAACCAGGAUUAGAACCAGGGUUAGAACCAGGAUACUCAGGUCCAUGCAACAGAGAGACGUCCCCCCCAUCAGACUCCCAGACACCUUCACCCACCCCAACAUACACACAUACACAUACACACACACACACGGUCAUAGAGGAUAAAACAGUUGUUAGCCAUGUGAAGGAUCAAACAUUAGAAACAGUGAAGUUUUUAUUUCACAGACAGAAACAGAGAUUUCACAGUCAGUCCUCAGAUAAAGACCUACAGUAUGAUUCAUGAGUGGGUAUUAAAUCCUCCACAGACCUCUGGACUCUUCAACAUGUUAGUGCAUUUUAUACGUCUGAUUCUUUGGUCUCUGAACAUGAGAGUUUCUGCCUCUCACCUCCCAGUGUGCGCUGUUUUAGUCUGGGUUUGUUAUUCAGUGUUUAAACAGAGAUUUAUCUGCUUCAUGUGUCUGAGUCUGCAGACCAUCACACCUGGAUCUGAUCCUGGCAGGACCACUUUGAGGAACUGGCCCAGGGUGAGACUCAGGAGUAAGGUUAGGGGAAAAUUCAGGGUUAUGGGGGAUGAGUAAUGGGUGUAUCAUCAACAGGGUCACAACUAACAUCAUCCAGCAGCUCUCUACUCACAGUGAACAGCUGACCUUUGACCUCUGAAUGCAGAGACAAGAAGAAGAAGAAAAAAAAAGUGCUCAGAGAGCGUUCCCAUGUGCUCACUGAAAUUCCUCUUCAAAACACAGAGUUUAUGAGCUCUAUAAAAACACGACUCUGAGUUAUUACAGACCAGAUACAGGAACAAAAAACAUAAAUACAAGAGAGGAGAUACAACCCCAGAUCAAAAACAGCUGAGACGCUGUAAAACAUGUUGAUAAAAACUGAUUUUUACAGUUUGCAAAUCAUUUAAAGUCUAUAAAUAUGUGAAAACAGAGAAAACGCUGAAAAUAUUCGGAAGAAACUAAGAUCCAGAGAAUCUGGAGAAAUCUCUGUACAAAAGGGAAAAAGACCAAAACCAAGACUGGAUGGUCCUGAUAAUCAGACUUUCAGGCAGCUUUGCAUUUUAAAAAGAUAGGACUCUGGUGUGGAAAUCACUGCAUGGGCUCUAAAUAACUUCAGAAACAAUUGUCUGUGAGCACAGUUCAUCACUGCAUCCAAAACCAUACAAAGAGGAGGCCAGAUAGACCAUUUAAAGGGAUAUUCUGGCAUAAAAUUAAAUUAUGUUCAAACACACUUUAAACACCGAGUUAGACACCCCGUCAAGAGAUGAAUGUUGCGGACCGCUUGCUUCUCUAGUUAUACCAACUUUAGUAACGACUGCAGGAUAGCAAUACAGAGAGCCACACGCUUAACCAAAAAGCCACUCUAUAGACACAAAUAUAUAGCACCUAACUUCAUCAACAGUACAUAUAGGGUCCCAGCCACAGCACUAGCCAUCAAACAUCUUUUUAGCUUUGCCUGGUUUCUUCAGCAAAAAGACUAAACACAACUCAGCUACUCUCUUCCAGCAGCCGCUUGUUUGUACAGAGACCUCUGGGCGAGUCCAUCGACUGGGCGGGGUGACGCAGCUCAAAGAAGAACAUUUAUGAUCAUUUCUUCAUGCAAAUGCAAUCAGACCGCGACGCUAAGGCAGAAGAACCACCGCGUCUGCAGUGCAAAAUUAUUAAUAUGAUGAUUAUUACUUCAAGGAAAUAAUAAAGUAAACCAAAGUUGGUAUAACUAGAGAACCAAGUUGACUGCAACAAUCAUCUCUCAACAGGGUGUCUAACUCGAUGUUACGGUGUUAAAAUUAAUUUUAUGCCGGAAUAUCCCUUUCAGGUGGACUGAGGGGGAGACAAAAAACUGUCCUGUGAACUGAUGGAUCAAACUCUGACAUUCCUUUUGGAAAUCAUGGACCAGUAGAGGGACCAGUUGGCUGAUUCUUAUCUCCCAGUCUAAAGCCAGUAUCCCUAAUGGUAUGGGGAUCAGCGGAGUCUGUGCCAUGGGUCACUUCCACAUCUGUGAAAGCUCCAUUAAAACUGAACAAUAUCUACAGGUUUAGGAGCAACAUCUGCUGCCAUACAGACAAUGACUUCUACAGGGAAGACCUUCAUAUUUCAGCAAGACAAUGAUAAACCACAUUCUGACAACAGGGAUUAUAACAGCAUGGCUCUGUAGUAGAAGAGACCUGCUGAGAAACUGAUCUAUCUGCAGUCCUGACUUGCCCCCCAUUGAAAACAUUUGGAGCCUCAUGACACCAAAAAUAGGAAAAGGAGACCCUGAACUGUUGAGCAGCUGAAAUCCUCUAUCAGGCAAGAAUAGGAAAACAUUUCACUUUCAGACUCCAGAACCUGGUCUGCUAGGUUCACUAUGGUCUACAGAGAGUUGGUAAAAGAAGAGUGAUGAAAAACACGAACCUGGAACUACUUUUUACAAACAUCAGAUUUAGAAUUAGCAGAUUUUUUAUAAAAGAAAAACAUUUUUUUUCUGUUUAAAGAUUGGAUUUGUUGUCUUUGCUCUGUUCCUACUUAUAUUUCAAUUCUUUUUUAUCAACAUUUCACACAGUGUCCCAGCUCUGAUGGAACUGGUGUUGUAUUUCCAGAGACGGUUUUGUCUCUUUAAGACACAGUGAGAUUUAAACUAUCUUUUCAUAUGUCUGCAGAUUGUCUUUCAGAAUUGGACUCAGCUACUGCUGUGAGAAACCUUCACUGAGUCUGCAGAGAUCAUUAUUUUCAGAGUUUAAUGCUUCUGUUGGAAGAAAACUGAAAAUGCCUCACUGACAGAAUGUCCUCAGGAUUUGAGUUUUCAGGCUCUCUGCAGGGUCCAGCUGUGAAACACUUUAUUCUCAGGCAUUGGCAGACAUUAAAAAUAUCUUUAAAGUAAAAAAAUAUAAAGUUUUAGACUCAGCUCAGAUGUGUGGUCAGUGUUUGAAACCUCAGAGCAGGUUGUACCUCACAGAUGUGGUUUUCAGAGUCUCACCCAAACAUCUCUGAAUUAAGACCAACAGUCAGAUAUGAUGUGGACUGAGCAGCUCCAGACUCUCAGAAACAUUUGGUAAGUCCUCCUCUCGCUCCAUCUUUCACUCCUGCUCUGACUCAGUCUGUUUAUCUUACCCUCAGUCCCCCCCUCUCUCAGGGUCAGACGUGGCUCUUGACCCCAGCUGAUGGGUGAGCAGCUCCCUGUUUGUCAUGAGCUCCAGAGAUCCAGUGGUAGCAGUCUGUGGUGUUCUUGUUUCGAGGCUGGACAGCGCAGCGGGUGCAGUACACGAUGCCCAGAGCCACCAUCACCACAACAAAGAUGCAGAGAGGCACCAGGAGACCUACCAGGAGCCAGGUGCUGCUCUGCAUCGGCCCCCGCUCCUCCUCUUUGCCCUCCAGAUCCUCCUUGUUCCUAUUCCCCCCUCCUGCACUGGUGGAAGGCUGAGAGGGAACAGUGGGGUCCUGGGAGCGUGUGAUCUCCUCGUCCUCCCUCCUCCGCUCCUCCGCUGGGAGUUCUGGGUUUUCCCCAAGGGUGGGCUGAUCCUCCUCGCUGCGGUUGCUGGAAUCUGUCGGGGUGUUGAGGUCUGUGACAAGAUCAUCUGGAUUUCCUGGUUUCUGGCUGAAAGUGGUUAGCCCCUCCCACCAGUUCCAGGCUCCCCCUGAGGUGGUGGAGGUGUGGAGGGUGGGGACCAUGGUCAUCUCCUCCUCCUCCUCCUCUUCAUCCUCAUCAUACCAGUCAGGGGUCAAGGUGGAUCUGAUGGUGGAUGAAGGUGUGGGGUGGAUGGUCGUGGGUGUAGCAUCCAGGUCAGACUCAGAUCUUUGGCCCAGUUCCAGCAAGUAUGCCCCCCCAGAGUCUGCAUGUACCUCCCCCUCCUCCUUCUCCUCUGAAUCAAAGGGCUCCUCCUGAGGGGAGCUGGUCACCCAAAUCACAUCAGAGUCCUGGACGCUGGGGGGGUCAGUCUGCCAGUCCAAGGCUGGCUCCUCUUCCGGAGGCCAGUUGGUGUGGCUCUGCUGGGGGGUCCAGUCAUACUCAGGGUCCCACAUAGGCUGAUGUGUCCCCCAGGGAAAGGCAGGGGUGGCGGUGGACUGGUCGUCUUCCUCUCCUAUCUUUCGACAGGAGGAGUGAUCAGCCAUGAGUUCAAACCCCUCCUCACAGAAACACUCGAACCCCCCCUCAUAAUUCACACACAUCUGCUCACAGAUCCCAGGGAUCUGGCACUCAUCGUCCUCCUGGCAUCUGCUGGGGUCCUCAGGUGGGGGGGAGUAACCCAGGCGACAGUGGCAGAGGUAAGAGCCCGCUGUGUUCUCGCAGACAUGUUCACACGGGUUCACACCGACACACUCAUCCACGUCCUCACAGCCUCCCGCCUUGUCAGGUCGGAACCCCUCCCGACACUGGCACUCAAAUGUUCCCGGAGCGUUCACACAAAUCUGCUCACAUGGACUCUGCAGACACUCAUCCACGUCCAGACAGCUCCGUUCAUCCGAUGCCAGCAUGUAGCCCUCAGGACAGGCACAGCGGUACCCAUCUGGCAGGGACAGGCACUCUGACAUACAGGGGGCGUCCUGACAGACAUCUGCUUGUUCACAGGACUGACCAUCAUCCCCGAGCUGGUAGCCGUCUGCACACUCGCAGUAAAAGUGACCUCCUGCAGGUUUACAGUAAUGCUCACACCCUCCAUUAUCCUGCUCGCACCAGUUCUGUGGCUCAGCAGAGGUGGAGCAGAGGGGGGGCUCUCUGGACCACCCCACUGAGCCGUCUUCUUUCUCUGUGCAGAGGACCGACUGCUCCCCAUCGCUGCCUUCAGGACAGGGCAACGCGGCUAAAGAUCCAAACGGCACAUGGGUCAGCAGGGUGCUGAAGAAGCUAAAAGGUGUGGUGUAGUGGGCAUUACCUGCCCCCUCACUCCACAGAGCCGUACACAUCCCUCUAAAGGUGUAAUGGCACAGAUACCCAUCCACGGACACUGAGCAUGCUCCGUCCAGCCAUUUUAAGUUAUCAGUGUGGUCCUGGGUGUUGUAGCUCAUCACCACACAGCGGGACACCGAGCAGGUACUGGGAGAGUCCUCCCUCAGCCAGUUUGUAAACUCUGUGUCCUGGUCACCUGUGGUCCAGGAAAAUCCCCUCAGUGGGCGGGCGCUGGUGCAUUGUCGAGGCUGGCGCUGCAGGCCGAUCCAGACCUGCACCUUAGUGCGGGAGUGUCGCAGGUCCACAGAUGAGAAGAGAGAGGCGAUGGCAGCAGCGUCCCCUUUGUUUUUGAUGGUAGCCAGGUUUCCCCCUCUCUUCUUGCAGGCCCUCCAUGAGUCCAGGAAGGUUUUUCUCUGGAAGUAGACCGCAAAGCAGCCGUCCUCCCCACAGAGAGCAUCUGUCUCUCUGAGGUCCUGACCUAGAGCAGACCAGGUUCCACCAAGCAAAGUCAGCACGGAGGCCAAGACCAGAGCCGAGGUACCAUUCACCAGGACACCCAUCCUAUCUCCACCUUUCCUCACCUUCAGUCUCUGAUCUCCCAGCUCUUUUUUAACCUUCCUCUGUCGUCUUCUUGGACUUUUCUCUCUUCAUCUAAACUCUUCUCUGUCUUUGUUUCUGCUCACUCUGCCCCACAAACAGAUCUGAGAGCUGCAGACC